GGACCUGGAACAGCGGAACCAGCGCUGGGCUUCUUGAUCCACCGAAUAGCUAAUAUUUCAGCCAACGGGCUUCUUUCUCUUUUCAGAGACCCGGUACAUGCGAAUGACGAGAGCGUAGUGAUUCCGUUUUUUAUCAGUGUUGUUUCUUUUCCUAACGAUGACGGACUGCUGCCGUUUUUGAUCCUAAUAUUUUAAUCGCUUAAAAAAGUGAGCGGACAAACAUAAAGUUUUGAGCGAGUUUAGUGAGAUUUGCGUAAAGAAGAGGAGAGGGAAGAGGAUAGAGUCCCCCCACAUGAGGGCGAGAUCUGACUGAACUUCAUUUAGCCAUUCACACAAUAUGAAGAAAUGUCUGAGGAGACAGAGUUGGAUGUGAGAGGCGGUGUGGUGUGGAGAGAACGAGAUCGAGAGAGGGCACGCGAGUCCACGGCCAGAGCCAGCAGCAGGAGCAGCAGCAGCAGCGGUGCAGGGGGAGGAGGAGGAGAAGAAGGAGAAAGCUCCAUGCAGUUCAGCACCAGACCGGCCAGCGCUGAGCCGGGCUUCAUGGGGACAUGGACACAGCAGAGCACUGACAGCAACCUCCUCUUCAGAAUGUCCCAGCAGGCCAUCCGCUGUACUCUGGUAAACUGCACAUGUGAGUGUUUCCAGCCUGGCAAAAUCCACCUGCGGACAUGUGACCAGUGCAAGCAUGGAUGGGUAGCGCAUGCACUAGACAAGCUGAGCACACAGCAUUUGUACCACCCGACGCAGGUGGAGAUCGUGCAGUCCAAUGUGGUGUUUGACAUUAGCAGUCUGAUGCUGUAUGGGACUCAGGCAGUACCUGUGAGAUUGAAGAUCCUACUGGACCGUCUGUUCAGUGUCCUUAAACAGGAAGAGGUUCUACACAUUCUUCAUGGCUUGGGCUGGACUCUGAGAGACUACGUUAGAGGCUACAUAUUACAGGUAAAUUAAAAACUAAAACAUGAUUCUAUUCACAACAUAACUGAUAUCAUAAAAACACAAAAAAGGCGUGCCCUUCAUAUAUUGUGAGGUAAACAAUACAAUGAAGCAAUGGAUUUUCUAAAAGGUUUCCUAUUAUUCUGCCAGGGACAAUAGAAAAGAUAUGAAAAGUAAUAAAUAAAAGUGCAAGAAAAUAGAACCAUCACACUGAAGCAGUUACUGCAUCAGAUACAGUUGAUGGCAAAAAAAGUAAAGAAAAUAUAUAAAUUAUUUAGAUAAAAAAACUAGUGGGACUAUGUUUCGGAACAGUAAUUCAGAGCAAAACA